CGGAGCUCCGGCAAAACUUUAACGGCGAUGGAGGCCGUUCAUUUGCCCACCGUUUCUUCCCGCCAUUUCUCCCCCACCACCGCCGCCACCUUCCGCGACUCAAACCAUAUUCCGGCGCCCAAAUUCGGCUCUUCCUGGACCGCUGCUGCUUCACGCUCUCCUACUCGCCUCUCUUCUCGAAACUUGUUCACUAGAGAGAUUUGGGGCUGGGUGAAUGCCAAGAAAGUUACCAGCGGUAGAAAAGAGUUACGUGGAGUUGUGAGAGCUGAGAUGUUUGGCCAGUUGACCAGUGGCCUCGAAUCGGCUUGGAACAAGCUCAAGGGCGAAGAGGUUUUGACCAAGGAGAAUAUAGUGGAGCCAAUGAGGGAGAUAAGGAGGGCGCUUUUGGAAGCUGAUGUGAGUCUUCCUGUUGUAAGAAGGUUUGUGCAAGCUGUUAGUGACCAGGCUGUCGGUGUUGGGGUUAUUCGCGGAGUCAAACCGGAUCAGCAGUUGGUUAAGAUUGUGCGUGAUGAGCUAGUGAAACUGAUGGGAGGGGAGGUAUCUGAACUUGCUUUUGCAAAAUCCAAGCCUAGUGUUAUUUUAUUGGCCGGUUUACAAGGAGUUGGGAAAACAACAGUAUGUGCAAAAUUGGCUUAUUACCUUAAGAAACAGGGGAAGAGUUGUAUGCUUGUUGCUGGUGAUGUGUACAGACCUGCUGCUAUUGAUCAACUUGUUAUUUUGGGUGAACAGGUAAAAGUGCCUGUAUAUACAGCAGGGACUGACAUUAAACCUUCAGAAAUAGCUAGGCAAGGUUUAGGGGAGGCCAAAAAGAAGAACAUAGAUGUAGUAAUAAUGGAUACUGCUGGAAGGCUUCAGAUAGACAAAGUACUGAUGGAUGAGUUGAAAGAAGUAAAGCGGGAAUUGAACCCCACUGAAACUUUACUUGUUGUGGAUGCAAUGACUGGCCAGGAAGCUGCAGCCCUGGUCACGACAUUCAAUGUAGAGAUUGGGAUUACUGGAGCUAUUUUAACAAAGCUAGAUGGAGAUUCUAGAGGUGGAGCAGCUUUAAGUGUUAAAGAGGUAUCAGGAAAACCUAUCAAGCUUGUUGGCCGAGGAGAGCGGAUGGAGGACCUUGAACCUUUUUACCCAGAUCGUAUGGCAGGACGCAUAUUGGGAAUGGGAGAUGUUCUCUCAUUUGUGGAGAAGGCACAAGAAGUUAUGCGACAAGAAGAUGCUGAAGAAUUGCAAAAGAAGAUUAUGAGUACAAAGUUUGACUUCAAUGAUUUCCUAAAGCAAACUCGUGCUGUUGCACGUAUGGGGUCCAUGACUCGGGUUCUUGGAAUGAUCCCUGGUAUGGGGAAGGUUACUCCUGCACAAAUUCGAGAGGCAGAAAAGAGUUUAUUGAUAAUGGAAUCUAUGAUCGAAGCAAUGACACCUGAGGAAAGAGAGAAGCCAGAAUUGUUGGCUGAAUCUCCCAUCAGGAGAAAAAGAAUAGCUCAAGAGUCUGGAAAAACAGAGCAGCAGGUGAGCCAACUUGUUGCUCAACUCUUCCAAAUGCGAGUUCGUAUGAAGAAUCUAAUGGGUGCAAUGGAGGGCGGUGGAUCUAUACCUGGACUGAACAAUCUUGAGGAAGCCCUCAAAGUUGAUCAGAAGGCUCCUGCCGGUACUGCAAGGCGUAAGCGACGAUCUGAACCAAGGAGGCAGUUUGGUGAUUCGGCAUCAAGGCCCAGUCCUCGUGGUUUUGGGGUGAGGAACUGAGAGAGUACAUGAAGUGAGAUUCCAGGUCAAUGAGUUGUGAGCUCUGGAUAUAUUAAUUUUGGUUACAUUUAGCACAAUUUUACUGCAUUAUAUUCAUUGUUUGCAGCACUGUUGUCAAAUCGAUUUUCCUGCACUAGUCAGUGUAAUUAAAACAUGUUGUAUUGAGUUGCUCACUGCCUGUAUGUAAUCUAUUUUUGUAUUAAUGAGAACCAGUUAACUAUUUCUGUGCU